ACUAUGAAAAAUAAAAAAAAUAACACCGCUGGUCGCUGGUAUAUUAAUAAUCUGUAAAAUUGAAUAACAAAACAAAAAAAUAAGAAAUAUUUACCAAAUCGAAAAGUUUGCCGAUAAAAAAAAAGAACGAAAAUGGAUUUUUGCUUCGAAAUACCGACAGGUUAUUCAGACUUGCUAAAUUCGAACGGAAAUAAUUAUUUUGUGAGAAAAGUCCAUGACGCUCGAGAUUUAACGGAUCUUUUGAAAGCGGCCCGAACAUCGUUCAUUACAAAUGGACCAUUCUACAUAUUCGAUCAUUUUGAUACGUUCUACUCGCUGAUAGAUAAAGGUGAAGCAGAGAGUAUUAGUGCGCCAAGCAUACCCUUGCUGAUCAAAGGAGUCGAUCUGCUGUUCAGCACCAUUGAUAAAUUGGGACAGUUACUCACAACCUUUCUACAGAAAAAUGAAGAAAACGAGCGAAAUUCCUAUCUGAAUCUAGUGAAAAUGGUUCUGUUUCUGAAAAUCGAAUUGAUCAGAGUUAUCGACAAACGUAUCGACAAAGAUGAUCCAAUUGGAGUGAAAAAAACGAACAAAAAGUCGACUGGAAAUGAGAUGAAUUAUGAGUGGGAUGAUAAGCGGUACAGAAGUAUCACACAAAUAUACAAUAUCGUCCAAUUGCCGAUUGAAAAUUUGUGGCACACGUCAAUUCCGGAGGAAAAUUUCGUUAACAAAUUUUGUGAAUUAGCGUACCAAACUUUGGAAACACCCUGGAUUAAACAGAAGCGUGUCGAGUCGACAGUAUUUCAGACAUUCGGCAUCGCAAUCAAACGAUACAAUCAUGCGUUGACAUUUCCCGUGCGAAUCAUUCAGAUUUUACGUGACAAAGAAAUUGCAAUUGUUCCGAUUGCCAACGGAAUUUGUUUGCUGAACGAUGAUUUCGGAAUAUCAACCAUUUCUACAGUAUUACUCAAGGAUCUGGUGGAGACAUUACAAGAGGCGAACAGUGAUUCACAAAUUGCCAAACAUUUCAGUACUUUUUUGACUGAAUUGGGAUCGGUCGGUUCUAAGCUUUUAGUUCCGCAUUUAGCUAAGUUGGCCGAAGAUCUGCUCAACGUGGAGUCCCAUGUCGUACGGAUCUGUGUUCUUCAAUUAAUGGGCGAUGUAGUCACUGUUGAAAUGGCAUCCGAAGAUUUAUCCGAGGAAUUGAAGGAGUCACGCGACGAAUACCUCGAAGAUCUGCUCAAUCACGUCAUGGACGUUUCCGCACAUGUACGAUCCAAGGUUCUACAAAUUUUUACCCAUAUGAAAGGCGAGAAUGCUGUUCCGUUGGCGUGGCAUCAGCGAAUAUUUCAAGCAGCUGCAGAUCGAUUGGAAGAUCGAACCAACACUGUCCGCAAAAGUUCUGUCCUGUUGAUCAAGGCAUUUUUGGAGACGAAUCCAUUUUCAAGCAAACUGUCGCAACAAGAACUCAAGGAGAAAUACGAGAAGGAAAAUGCAAAGUUUCUGGAAUUGCGUGAAAAAAUGGUUGAAAUGUCGAAAAAGCGUUUGGAUAUUGAAGCUGGGUGGGAGGAGCUGUCUUCGAUACUGAAGCCGAUUAUCGAAGAGGUGCUUAGCCAAAGUACUCAAAAUGAGCCCACUGAUGAAAACAUCGAAAAUCAUGUUCAACGUAUCAACGACUUGAUCAACGAGGAAAAAUAUCAAGAAGCUGUUUUGCUAUUAAAGGUUGCUGAUGCGAAAGCAGGAAACGCUGCUGAAAGAAUGGAAAUGCCUUUCGAACAACAAUGUGCCUAUUAUCUUGCACUUAUCAACUCUUAUCUGUUCGUUCCGAUUGACGAUUUCACCCAAGCGUACACUCUGCAAGAUCAAGUCAUGAAGUUCCUGGAAGAUUCUAUCGCAUUCACGAAUACGGUAGCCCAUGUACUGCCGAAAAUCGAGACGUUUUUGUACUCAAAGACACAAAGUGAUGUAUACGAAGCAAUUGAGUUCUUUACCACAGCCUAUCUGUUCGGCAUUGAGAACACCGAAUCGGGAAUGAUGAAGAUGUUGCCUUUGGUUUGGUCGGGUGACGUUGAGAAGAAAGAAGCUGUAGCAAAGGCAUUUAACAGAGUUCUUUUCGUCACUGAUCAGCAAGGAAGAGCCCAUUCCGUUAAGGUUGUGGACAACUUAUGUGCUUUCCUGGCAAGAAUUGAUGCUGGACAAGUACAAGCCUUUUCGGUUUUGAUGAAAGAAUGGAUCGAAAUGGGUAACAUAGACGCAGCUAUCAUUACUGUGCUAUUUGAGAGGUUUACAAAGAAAUUGGAAAAUACGACGGAAAAUCAGGCCCAUUUAUGCUUGCUGAUUCUGGUAAUGGCAUCAAGUGGAAAAUCGCAGAUCGCCCGAUCGAAUAUCGACACCAUUCAGAUGAUCGGUUUUGGUGACCGCGGCCUGCACGAUCCACGAUAUUAUUCGUCUUGCUUAAAGUUUCUUAUGCACACCAUCGAACAGAAUUCAUCCAAGUAUUACAAACGUCUCGAUAUGGACCAUCAAAUGGUAACGGAAGCGGCUGACAUGUUUAAGAAAAUAUUUUUCUUUCCGAAACUGGAAAGUUUCGACGACGUUGGGUCAUCGUUUUUUCAAUUCAUUUACAAAAUGAGCCAGCAACCAGAUACGGUGUGUCAGGCGAUAUUAACGGAGUUGUCGCAAAAAGUGCUGCAGAUUUCUGACAAAAUCAAGUCAACUGACACAGACUCUCAAUCUGUAAUAAGCAAUGGAGUGUUCAAAGUACCGACGUUUAUCUUGACUCGGUUAAUUUUUUGCUACGGUCUCGUUGUAAUGAACGAGGUCAGCUUUCUCGACAUCGACGUUUACAACAAUAUGAAAUAUCGCCAGGAAUUGAUGGAGGAAAAGAAGAGUCAGAAUAAUAAGAACAAAAGCAAACGAUCCAGCAACUUGAAUACGUCAGCCAGAGACGCUUUGAAGAGAUUAUCCGAUUCCGCUGCGGAACCACAGCAGGAGCCGGACGACAUGUUAGUUGGAGCAUCGGCUGAGGAUUCCAUAGCUGAACUAAUCACUGCUGUCUGUGAAGAUGAAUUGUUGUAUUCUACGCACGGAAUGCUGAAAAAAUUCGUCCCAGUAAUCGUUGAAGUACUUAAACAUCCAGGCAAAUACCAAGAUAAUGAACUUCAACAAGCGGCUUGCCUGUCAAUGAUUCGAUUCAUGUCGGCUUCGUCGAAAUUCUGCUCGUCGAACCUUCAGUUUCUCAUGAACAUUUUGAAUCAAACGAAAAAUAUCAAAAUGAAAUGCAACAUCAUCAUUGGCCUAUCCGAUUUUACGUUCAGAUUCCCCAACGUUAUCGCACCCUGGAUCGCGCAUUUCUAUUCGACGCUGAACGACAAAAACGAUGAAUUGCGAUUGACCGCUGUAAAAGUUCUUUCGUACCUAAUUCUACACGAAAUGAUACGUGUCAAGGGGCAAAUAUCGGCCCUAGCUAUGUGCAUUGUUGAUUCGAAUGACGAAAUCAAAAAUAGCACGCAGCAGUUUUUCAGAGAAAUUGCUAACAAAUCGAACAUACUGUACAAUGUACUGCCAGACAUUAUAUCACGGCUGAGCGAUCCGAACUCCGAGGUUGAGGAGGAAAAGUACCGAAUCAUCAUGAAGUACAUCAUUGGAUUAAUAAACAAAGAUAAACAAGUGGAGAGCUUGGUGGAAAAACUGUGUCUUCGAUUCAAAGUAACAAAAGAGGAACGACAGUGGCGUGACAUUGGAUACUGUUUGUCGUUGCUGAACUAUACGGAGAAGACCAUCAAAAAGCUGAUGGAAAACAUUCCUUGCUUCAAGGAUAAAGUCCAAAUCGAUGAGGUGUAUGAUUGCUUCAAAUCGAUCAUCAGCAGCACAUUAAAGUUUGCAAAGCCGGAAGUGAAAUCCGUCACUUUGGAAUUUCAAAAACGCAUCGAAGCCUGUUUCACAAUCAACGAUGGGGAUCAACAAGGUUCUAUCGAUGACGAAGAUGAACGAGCCGCGAUGCCGCCACCCAAAGCCAUACCGGGUCGACGUGGGAAAAAGGUGCCUGCGAAGAAGAGAAAUACAAAUGCAGCCGCUGCUAAUUCCGAUUCAGAUGACAAUGAAGACGAACGACCGGCAAGAGGUCGUAGUUCUGGACGCCCACAGAGAACUCCAGCACGAGCGGCCAAAUCUAAAGUUGUCGAAAGCGAGAGUAGUUCCGAUGAAGACGAAGACGAACGACCUCCGAAACGCAACAGACGAAAUAGAAAAUAAAAAUGAGGCGACUCGCCGUUGUAUAUAUUUAAAUGUACUGUUUGUGUUGUGUAGGUUGAAGUGUUUGGAAGUAAUAAUGAAAUAAUUUUCCUUUUCUUGUAUGUAUAACUAUACCAGUACCUUAUGAAAUAUGGCUUAAUUUAUCAAAGUCUAAAAUGUAAAUUGAGAAAAUCCAAUAAAUUGUCUAAGAA